AUGUCUACAGACGCCGCUUUACUAGCUGAAAUAGCUAAGCUGAAAGGCGCGAUCAACCAGCACAAGUCAAAUCAGCAACACCAACCAGCGAUACGUAGUUAUCCAACUAGGGGAGGCUACGGUUUGCGCAGAUCAUACAGGGGCGCUUAUCGACCACCAUAUGCUGUACCCAGGCCACCAGCAGCCGAAGAGAAAGAGGUUGUAAUAGGAGGUGUAGCAUACAUCACAGAUGGGAAGAAGAUGACAAGAAAAGAUGUUGUGAAUCGGCCAGUUCAAAGGGCUCCGUCAAGACCAGGUUCUGUAGGGUCACCAUCAGCAAUAGGAUCGGAUUAUGUAUCUCUGGAUAUGGAUGGAGGCGAGAUCAAGAAGCCAUCUGCAGUGUCACAAAGCGAUCUGACAGCUAAGAGGACACGAUUGAACAAUUUGACUCUGAUCUUGAAUAAGGCUCAAGCUGAACGAUAUCGUCGUCGUCAACCAUCUGCCACCAAACCGGGGAGGGAGAAAAAACAAUGUCCCUUCUUCACGAGGACUGGUAUCUGCACUCGAGGUCGUACAUGUCGCUAUCAACACGAUCCCGAGAAGGUCGCCAUGUGUCCCAAGUGGCUUAAGGGGGAUUGUCCAAAUGGAGACAGUUGCCCUUUGUCUCAUCAGCCGACGCCUCAGCGAAUGCCCUUUUGUGUUCACUUCGCCAACGCGGGCCGUUGCAAGAAUGGAGAUUCUUGCAUGUACCCUCAUGUGCAUCUAGGUGCUACUGCUGGUAUCUGCCGAGAUUUUGCUGUUUUGGGCUACUGUGAGAAAGGCGCGGACUGCGACAAGAAGCAUGUUCGGGAGUGUCCUGAUUUUGCAGAUACUGGAGUUUGCAAAAAUCGGCACUGCAGGCUUCCACAUGUCAUUCGGGCAAAGCAUGCGGCUAAGGCCAAGGAUGCUGAGGAUGAUGCAGCUGUGGUGUCUGCUGGACAUCCAAUCUCUACGGGCAAGAGGAAGGCCGACUUCGAGGAUAUUUUGGACCAAACACAUGGAGCCAAAAAGCAGAAAGUUGACGAGAGUUACGCAUCUUUUGCUGACGAACCAGAGUUCAUACCCUUGACAUUUGAGGAGAGUGAGGAGGACGAAGAACCUCAGGAAGGAGAAAGCGAAGAGGAUACGGACGAGGAUGAGGAAGAUGAUGCGGACAAUGUGGAAGAGGAAGAUGAUGAUGUGCACGACGAUGCAGAUCUUGUCAUAAAUGCCUGAUGAUUUCCCACUUGACAGCACAAGAAUACCCUUUAUCUAACAAGAGAAUGACAUACAUGUUGUAAUGUGUAAAUAACUGAGCGCCGGAACUGCAGCCUUGUGUUCUUACACGUAAACAACCUUGACUAUGAAAUGGGCUCCCUACAAUGGUUGGCCUGAAUCUCCACGACUCCUCAUUCCCCGAGUCUCCUACCCGAACCUGGGUACCUCCGAGCCCUCGCACCUCCUGGCAUCUGUUGCAUUCCGUAAGGUGGGGGGAGAUCCUCUCCCUCGUCGUCGCCGUCAACAGCCAUACCUUCUCCAGCGUCAUUCAUGUCUUCAUCAUUCAGUCCAAGUUCGUUAUGUUCCCGUAUAGCAUCCUGCGCGGACAAAUUGCCGGGCAUAGUUAUGUUCGGGACGGGCUGGUGCAAUACGUCCGGUACGGGGCGCAUAGACGGCGUCGCAGGUGCAGGGGGAGAGGUGAACAAAGGUGACGUGGACCCAGAAGCGUCCACAGCUCGUGCCGCAGCUGCCUCGUUCUUGUGCUGUUCGAGUUGGCCCCUGCGCUUCACGUCUCUCCGGUCUUCUUCAAAUGCUUGCAUCGCCUUCUGGACCGCAGCCUCUUUGGCAGCUUUGGCGGCUUUGAGAGCCUCAGCUGUGCGUGCUUCUUGGAUAUCCCGAUUUAGGGUCACUUCCCUGAUUAUCUCCGCACCUAUGCGCAGACUCGUGAGCCUUGCGGGGGUGGGAUGGAAGAUGUAGACAGGUUGGAGGUCUUGCACAUCUAGUCGGAACCCGAGCUCGACUGCAUAUUCUAGACCUCCCUUCACGUCUACGAGCGUUCGCUUAAUGGUUUUGUUUGUGGUCUUAAAUAACUGGAACUUGGGGUUCUCAGGAUCAUUGGCUAAGUUGUCCGACAACGUGAGCAGGGUAUGAAAGCACGCCGAUAUCGCUCUCGGAUCGUUGUGCUUUACGAUCCCAGGAUCGAUCAGCCUUCGAAAGCGCUGGCGCAUCUCAUGGUUGUCUUCAUGGUAGGCCUUGUGCAGAGGCUCUUCUGCAGCUGCUGCCGCGGCACGCACCUGGGCGGCGAGGAGUGCG